AUGGACUCCUCGCCGUUUGCGCAGCCUUGCCGGCUUCUGACUCUCCCCAAUGAGGUCAAACUCCAUAUCGUCAAUUAUCUCGAUAGUCGCAGAGACCUCUACAAUUUAUCUCUAACAUGCCGUGUCCUCGAGGACAUGGUCAUGGCUCGGCUCUAUCAUAACGUCGACUUCGAUCUCCCUCAAAUCCCAUUACCUGGAACAGCCGCGUUCCGAGAGCCUCUCGUUCAAUCUGUCCGGGAGCUCACAAUUAGAAACGGCAGGAAGGAGAGAAGAAAUUCGGUGUAUAAGCGCAGGAGAAUAUCCGAUGUGGUUUCCGUGGAAGGCCAUGUGAACAAUCUACUUGAGAAAGUUCCUCCCAGUCGACUGACGAGCUUUGCAUUCUUCCACCAGACUCCCCUGGGUCGGCAAAUGUUGACCUUCCUCACCCAGCGGCAUGAAAGCACGCUGAGGCACCUCCAUUUCCAUGAUAUCUCUUCCUGGAAAGAUGGCACUCUCCUUCCCAGGAACCUUACGACCCUCGAAGCUCGCACGGUCAACGAGGGGGACGCUGUUGAAAAGAUCAUAUCUGCCAACAGAAAGUCAAUUCAGAGGUUGUCAUUGGGCCAGGAGAAACAGCUGAUCGAGUGCUACCAACAGAGCAGGCUGAAUUUCCUCCAACGAAUUGCGCAACCGACAGAGACAUUUUUCACCUCUGCAUAUGCGCUGGACACGUUCCCUCAAUUACGCGAGCUAUCUCUGCAGGGUCUGGACGUGACUCCACUGCGACCAUCUUCCAUCCCACAAGCCAUGUUUUUCUGUCAGUUAGAACGCCUCACUCUGGAAUCCUGCCCUGGCAGUAAUGAUCUCCUUGAAUCCAUUGCGGGCACCUUCCACUGGGCAUUGACGUCCCCCGAGGCGCCUCAAAACCCACGCGUCACCCCGUCGCUGAAACACUUUCUUUUCCGUCAUGAAAAUCCCACAAGCCCUCUCAAGGAAGCUCUCAUCCGCUUCCUCAGCUCAUUCACCGGCCUCCGGACCCUGUCCCUUUUGUUCGAAAACGGCGCCAUCCUAGAAAGACCGAGCACGUUUAUCGCCGAACACGGUCCCUCCCUUGAAACCCUUGUGUUUGAAUCCCGCAUUCAGCCACGCGAGCAUCUCUCAAUGGACACCUCCCGUCCCUUUGGCGUCGGCGGAUACAGUCACGAUCUGUGGGAAGAGUCGAUCAACGACAUCGCCCGCCUCUGCCCUAACCUGGUAGAACUGGGCAUGGGCUUCCCUUGGAACGAUGAGAUGAUCCGUCUGCGAAAGACCGCUCUCCCAACACUCCAGCACCUGCGAACGAUCCACAUCCGCAAUUUCCCCGAGAAUCAAGCGUUUAGCCAACUAGGAGACUAUAGUAUCAAAGAGUACGCCACCAAAUUCGUCGACUGGGUCUUUCCCGCCUCGGUUGGAGGAGCAAAACCGUCCCUCACUUACCUCGCCGUUGGGCCGACACUCUACGAGUCUCGAUGGAAGAUCACGCCUCCACCACCGUCCAUCGCCGCGGGCGCAGAUGCUUCCACCACCCGGCGCCAUCAGCAAGCAGCUUCGCGCGCCCAGCCGCCUGAAUUUCUACGUACGCACCAUUUUUGCCUCGACUGGGCCAAGACGCGCUUCAACCGCUGGAGCUGUCUGAUCACGCCCGUCUCGGAGAAAUACGUGGAAGAGAUCGCCGGCCAAAAGCCUCUGGGAGGCGUCUUUGAACAAGUCUGGUUGAAAUGA